AUGUCUUCUGAUCCUCAUGAUCAAAAGUACUCUUCAUUCAAGUACUCCAUCGAAUCUCUGUCGGGGCAUCAACAUCAUGAUAGCUUGUUCAACCAACCAUUGAGCGAGAAGAAAAGUAGUACUAAUUAUAAUAAAAAAGAGGACAAAGAGUCGUACGUGAUUAUUUCCAAGCCCAAAGAAGAUAAUAAAGAUAAAGAUCGUGAUCAUGAUGAGGUGUCCUAUAGAGGAGUCCGAAAGCGGCCUUGGGGAAAAUUCGCUGCGGAGAUAAGAGACUCGACGAGAAAUGGCGCAAGAGUGUGGCUUGGGACCUUUGGCACAGCGGCUGAGGCUGCUUUGGCUUAUGAUCAAGCUGCAUUCACAACGCGUGGGUCGCUGGCAGUCCUUAAUUUUCCAGCGGACAAGGUUGGGCAGUCGCUAAAGGAUAUCGAGUACGGAUUUGAUACCCGAGGUUGGUCUCCGGUCUUAGCUCUCAAAAGAAAGUACUCCAUGCUCAGACAUAAUAAUGGCCCUGCUGCUGAAAGGUCCCAAAAGAAGGUGCAAAUAAAAGACACCAACAACAACAUUAAUACUACUUCCAUGAAUGAGAAUAAUGAUAGUAAUAAGAAUAAUAAGAUAUCAACAGAAAAUCAUUUGGUGGUGCUUGAAGAUUUGGGACCAGAAUACUUGGAAGAGCUUCUAAGUAAGUAUUGUGACACCUGACACGAUCCAUCCAGAGUAUAGCUACGUAUAUAGUUUUAUAAGUGCUGAUGAUGAUGUUUUUCGUGCUUAAUAUAGGUAUACGUGAUCAUCUCUAGCGCCAUAGUUUGCUGAUAAUUAUUAGCUAUAUAGUAAUGUACGUAGCACCUUAUUAAGAUUGUCUUUAAUUAUAUAAGUUUGGAGAUAAUAAAUGCUUUCUUUUCUUCUUUCAAUUUAUAUUUAUAUACAUAAACAUUGUUAUUAGGCAACUUAAUUAAGGUGACCAACUAAAGUGAAGAGAGCCUUUUUUUAGGUGAGAAAAAGUGAAUUAAAUAUUAAAAAUAAAAAUAUUUUUGUUAUAAUAUGUAUUAGAUAAUUUAAUUAACCAUCAUAUCAAAAUUAAUAUUAUGCUUAUAUAGUGCGCACAAUAUUCUCAUUUAAUCGAUGUGAGACAAUGAUGAUGAAGGGAAUAUUAGACAAUAUUAUCUCAAUAAUAAUAAUAUUAAGUACUAUACUAAUAUAAGUACAUGUGAUGUGUAUAAAGGUGUGUAGUCUACAGUUAAUUGUGAAAAAUAGAUAAUACUUUAUAUUUAUUAAUAAUUUACUAGUUUGAAGAAUUUUACACUUAAAAUUUAAAUUUAAAAAAUUAAGUUAAGUGCAAGUGAUAUAAUAAUGGAGAGAAUUUAGGUGCAAAAAUUUCAAAUAAAUUAAACUUAAAGGUGCUUGAGUCCUAAAAGCACACUCAAGAG